AUGAUUAUCUACAAGGUGCGUCCUCGCGACAUUUCGAAUGGGACCGGGACAGCUGCAGAGAAAUUUCCAAGACUUGACUGACAGCACAUGCACAGGACAUCAUCACCGGAGACGAGAUGAUCUCGGACUCCUACGACCUCAAGGAGAUUGACGGUGUCGCCUACGAGGCCGACUGCGGCAAAAUCACCAUCGGCGGCGAGAACAUCGACAUUGGCGCGAAUCCUUCUGCCGAGGAUGGCGGCGGUGACGAGGGUGCCGAUGACCAGAAGCAGCAGGUCAUUGACGUCGUCCACUCUUUCCGCCUCAAUGAGACCAGCUUCGACAAGAAGGCAUACCUCGGACACUUGAAGGACUACAUGAAGAAGGUCAAGGCCGCCAUGAAGGAGAGGGGCGCAAGCGAUGAGGAGGUCACUGGGUUCGAGAAGGGCGCUCAGAGUUUCGCAAAGAAGAUCGUCGCCAACUUCAAGGACUACGAGUUCCUCAUCGGCGAGUCCAUGGACCCUGACGGAAUGUAAGUGCAUCACACUCACUCAUGGCGUCCAACAACUGACAUAUCUUCAGGGUUGUGCUCCUCAACUACCGUGAGGACGGUGUCACUCCAUUCGUUACCCUCUGGAAACACGGUCUCAAGGAGGAGAAGGUCUAA